AUGCAAUCUUUAUCAUUAAAAACUUUAAAUAUUGAUGAGAAUAAUGAUGUGAACGAUAAUAUUGAAGAAGAAGAUGAUCCAAAUUCAAAACAUAAUCGUUCAGUUCAUAUUGAACCUUUUCAUCGACAACGGCGUAUUGAUGGUACAUUACCAUUUAGUGAACAGAUAAAAAUGAUGCAAUAUAUAGUUCCAACUAAUGGAAUCGAUGGACGACAUAUCACUGAUAAAAACAUGUUAGAAACUGAUGCACAAGGUGGUGUUUGGAAAGAAAUUAUUCAUACUGGAAUUGGACAAAAACCAACAAUUGGUGCUUGUGUACGAUUACAUUAUUAUGCUUAUUUCGAACAUCGAGAUGAACCAUUUGAUACAUCAUUUAAACGUCGACGUUAUUUAGAAUUUCGUAUAGGUAAAUGUGAUGUUCUGCCUGGUAUUGAUAUAGCUGUUGGUACAAUGCAAAGACGUGAACGUUCAAAAUUUAUUAUUAGUAGUGAUCUAUUAUAUGGUGAACUUGGUUGUGCUCCACAUAUACCUGAAUCAGCAUGGUGUCUUUAUGUUAUUGAACUUUUAAUAACCAAUGAACCAUCAGCAAUUAUAUAUGAUGAACAAUUAUUAAUGAAAAAUACAACUAAUAGACAACAACUCGAUGAUUUUGCUAAACGUAUAAGAUUAGCACAGACACUACGUAAUACUGGUAAUGAAGAAUAUGCCAAUGGUCAAUUAGAUCGUGCAUUACGAAGUUAUAAUAAAGCACGACAAUUAAUACAUAAUAAAGUAACACUUAUCGAUGGUAAACAUGAAGAACAAUAUCAUCAAUUAUUACUUAAACUUCAUCUUAAUUCUGCACAAUGUUAUCUUCGUUUGGAUAAUUUUGAAAAAUGUUUACGUGCAUGUCGUGAUGCACUUGUUAUUGAACCAAAUAAUUUAAAAGCAUUAUUUCGUGCAAGUGUUUCACUUCGUUCAUUAAAUCAAUUGAAUGAAGCUGAAAAAUAUUUAGCCAAAGCUAUGUCUAUUGAUUCACAAAAUCAAGAUAUUUUAAAUGAAGUUGAAAAAUUAAAAGAAGCAUUUGAUUUAUUAAUAAAUAAAAAAUCUGAUGAAACAUUUAUUUUAAAAGAAUCUAAUGAACUUGAUAUUGAUGAUAUGCUUUCAUGUAUUGCUGUAUCGGAUGAAUUUCGUAUAAAAUUAGAUUCAGUUCUUAAUGAAUUUAUUGAAACAACAACAAUAGAACCGUUUACAAUUCAACGUGAUAAUUUUUCAGAUACGGAAUAUUAUUAUAUUGAAUUACUUGCGAAAUAUAAACAAUUAAAUAUUAAUCGUAUUGAUGAAAAUAUUAUUCAUAUUACGAAAUAG